GUAUUAGGUUUUUAUUUGAAAUCGAAAACUCAACUCAAACUCAUAUACACUUAGGGUUCAUUCCUUCGGAGAAAAAUCUGCUUUCGACGGCGAUCUUGGUAUAACUACAGACAACUACGUUAUUGGGCAAGGUUUGUGGAAGGGAGUUAUGCCUCGAACAAAGAACGCAAAUGUAUCUUUAACGGAGACUCCGCCAGAAGCCAAUCUUGAAGGAGUGCCACCGCCGGCAGUGGUGGAAUCUGAAGCAACAGAUUCAAUCUCUAACGUGGUUGCAACGGACAUUCAGAGUAUCUUGACUCCAUCUCCUGCUGAGGAACAACUUUUGAAAAGCAUUAUGGAUGUUGAGCGUGGAUGGAAUGAUAAAGAUGAUGUAGUUGCUGAUGGUUGGCACAAGCGUCUAGUUGAUGAGGAAAGGAGUAUAUUUUUUGAAGAGAAAUUCAAUGAAGAUGUAGGCAACCGAACAUUUGAGGAAACUGUGAUUAUGCCUACAAGAAAAGGCCGUCGGGGAAAGAAAGGCAAAGAGAAAGUGACUGAGCCUCCGAAUGAUGCAAGUAGUGAUGGAUUGGCUGAGCUUGUGUACACGUUGAAGACAACGUUGGAGAAUGGAUUUAAGGAUAUGCAUGAGAAGAUGAUGGAUCUCAGUAAGAAGUAUGAAGACCAAGAUACAAGACUCAAAACUAUGGAAGCAACAAUCCAAUCAAUCCAAGUCAGAGUUAAAAGUGGUGGUGCUAAAGAGAAAGAGACGGAUCUAAAUCCAGAUUUGGUUGACUAUAGUGAUAAAGAGGAUGAGGUUGGAGCAAACCAAGUGAUGGCAGUUCAAGAUGAGAGUGGUAAGGAUGGACCAAAUUCUGAAGAGUUAACCAAGGAGAAUGAAGGUGGUGAAAAAGUGAUGGAGAAGGAGAUGGAAAAAGAAGGGGCUGAAGAUGAUGAGAUGGAGUCGGAGAUGGAAAAAGAGGAUGAUGUGGAUGGUGGUACUAAGGGGAGUGAGGUUGGAGAGAUAGAAAAGGAGAUUGAAAAAGAGGGUGAUGUGGAUGGUGGUACUAAGGGGAGUGAGGUUGGAGAGAUAGAAAAGGAGAUUGAAAAAGAGGGUGAUGUGGAUGAUGAGCCAAGUAACAAUGAGAACAUGCUUAAAAGGACUUACAAGAGAUGUGAAAAGAGAAAAAGAAUUAGCAAAAAUGAAGUGGAUCCAAAAGAACAAGGGAAAAAGGCGGAUGACAAUGUUGAUGAACCAAGGCAAGAGGACGCUAAGAAGGUGAAGUUGAUAAAGAAGAAUGCGAAGAAGGGGUCUACCACCGUUGUGUAUCGGAGUCCUAUUGUGACGAGGACUAAGAAGAAUUAAGUACCGUUGUGUAUUGGAGUCCACCACUGUUUUUGAAAACUCUUUAAGAUGUUUUGUUUUGUCAUGAACAUGAAUUUGGUUGUUGUUUUAUUUUGGUAUAACUCUGUCGGUUUUGAAAAACUAGGUACAAUUGUGUGAACAAAAUGGUUAUUGUUUU